GAUAGAGCCCGAUUCCUUUCCUUCCUAAUCAUCAAAUCAGUAAGUAUAAUAAGGAAAGCAUGCGUUGGGCAGAUUCUUUCUCCCUCUUUCGCGAAUCGGGUUCGCUCGCUCUCUUCCUUUCCCCGAGAGCAUUUCCCCUCCUGUUUGCGUAUUUGCUUGCUCUUUCCCUCUCCAUCGCCAAACAGCGAACAGCGAAGGUUCGUCGUUUCAAUCCCUUCAUUCAUUAACUCUGUUUCUUUACUCAUUAGCAGCAUCUUAAUUUUGUCAAUCAUCCUGCAAUCGAGGUAAACGUUCCGAUCUUUUCCCGUCCCCCGAGGCUUUUCCUUUCACCCUCUGUAUCGUUCCGUAAUCUGCUGGUUGAUAUCGGAUCGAGUUCUUGUGACCGUUUGUGUGUUCGAUUGUGUGAGUGAUUUCGUUUCUGUGCUUCGUUUUCUGAUGGGUGGAUGAUUCGUCUUGGGUAUGUUUGUUAUUGUUCUCGUUUCUGUUUUAUCCAGCUGAAUUUCGAGCUGGGGGUAUUGGAAAAUUAGGGUUCAUGAGUUUUUAAUUUUUUUGCAAACUGAUGAACUUGCUGGGUUGGAAGUGAAUUUCAUUUUCUAGGGAUCGUUGCUGUUUUCCUAUUCAUUUUUUGAAGUUGGGUGUAUCAGGGUUUUCAUUUCUUUAUCCUAGCGGUGAUUGAAUUAUUAGGGUUAGUAAUUUAAUUUGGGUGUUUGUGUGUUGCAGAACCAGAAACGAUGCCGAAGAACAAGGGAAAAGGUGGAAAGAACAGGAAGAGAGGAAAGAACGAAGCCGAUGACGAGAAGCGUGAGCUGAUCUUCAAGGAAGACGGGCAGGAGUAUGCCCAGGUGAUGCGUAUGCUGGGUAACGGCCGUUGUGAGGCCACAUGCAUCGACGGGGUGAAACGACUGUGCCAUAUCCGUGGCAAGAUGCACAAGAAAGUUUGGAUUGCAGCUGGUGACAUCAUCCUAGUGGGUCUCCGAGACUAUCAGGAUGACAAGGCUGAUGUUAUUCUGAAGUACAUGCCGGAUGAGGCCAGGCUUCUCAAGGCGUAUGGUGAACUUCCUGAGAACACUCGUCUUAAUGAGGGUAUUGCUGGAGGUCUCGAUGAGGAGGAUGAAGGUGCUGGUGAUGACUACAUCGAGUUCGAAGAUGAAGAUAUUGAUAAGAUCUAAAGAGCUUUUGGGAUUGUGUGUAAUACACUUUGUUAUAUUCA